AUGUUGGCGAUUCCGAAGUUUCCUGAGGAGUUCAGGAAACUCUGCAGAGAGGAACUUCAUACGUCCCAUACUUCGGGAAUCCUCCCGGGUUACGUUCAAGCAAACCUGUUGAUACUGCCAGCGGAAGAGGCGGAGGAUUUCCGAGACUUAUGCUUCCGAAAUCCUGUGGCCUGUCCUCUGCUGGCGCAUACAGUAGGAGAUCCAAACACUCUAAGCAACAGUGCAAUUAUUAAAGAAGGUACUUUCGACAUUCGUGCAGACUUUCCGAAGUACAACAUCUACGAAAAAGGAUCUUUGGUGGAACAAAAACUCAACUGCAGGGAUGAGUGGGGCGCCGGUUACGUGGGGUUUCUGAUCGGUUGCUCGUAUUCGUUCGAGCGGGCGUUAUCUCAGGCAGGCCUUCCACCAAGAAAUGUCGUGGAGAAAAAGAACGUGGCGAUGUUCAAAACGUCCAAGAUGUUGGAUCCAGCGGGUAUCUUUAUCGAGUGCCCAUAUGUGGUAAGUAUGCGGCCAUAUAAGACUCAAGAUUUGCCAAAAGUGAGGGAGAUAACAAGAGAGUUCAGAUUGACCCAUGGGGAGCCCAUUGACUGGGGAUACGAUGGCGCCGAAAGGCUGGGAAUAGAAGACUUACAGAGCCCGGAAUAUGGUGAUUCAAUCACGAUUGCAGACGAUGAAAUUCCCGUGUUUUGGGCAUGUGGGGUAACCCCACAACUAGCUGUAGAGACCGUUGGGCAUUUGAUAAACGGUCCCGUUAUUGGACACACACCUGGGCACAUGCUAGUAUGUGACAUAAAAGAUGAAAACAUAUGUAAUUAA